GGGCCAAUGGGGGGCGCGCGGCGAGUGACAGCUGGCCAAUGGGCGGCGGCGGCUCUCCCGUGCGCCGCGCGGGGGGUGGGGAUCUCCCCGCCGCCGCCUGAGGAAUGUCAACUAUUCAACAUGGAGACGGCGGUCGCCAGGCUCGAGGCCAUGUUCCAGAAGGCAGAAGCUGAUCUGGAUUGGAUUCAACACAGACUGGAGUAUGAAAUAAUGAAAAGCUUCCCUGAUGAUACACCACCAGAGGAGAAUCCACUUGCUAUCCUGGAAGGACUCUCAGCAGCCAGAGCUCGUUACAAAGCGCUGUGCACACGGAUGGACAGGAUUGCCAGGGAGCAGAAGGAAGCCAUGAAGGGCAUCCAAGCUUCUGUGGAGAACACAAUGAAGAUAGUUCAGGAAUUACAGCAAAAAGCUGGUCUUGAGAGCCUACCCCUGUCAGCAGAAGAACAGGCUGCAGCACAGCAGUUGGGCCUCCAAACUGGGACAAAAACAGAAUCAUCAGUGGGAAAGCCAGGUUGUGCAGGAUCUGCAGUCCCUGGCUCAGCUGAAGCAUCCCAAUUCCAACCAUUGACUGAGGAAAUGCUUCUGACUGUACCCAGGCACAUCAGGAGAUCUGUCACAUUAGCAGACUUGAACUCUUUGUACAGGGAGUUAUUUAACCACUUUGUAGUGAAUAAGAACAAGGCAGCACUGAGUAUUUCACAGGUGAUGAGUACGAAACCCUCUCACUCAAGACUACAAGUCCUGGAAGAACUUGGUAUUGUGAAAAGCAACAAAAAAGGGGAUAUUGAAUUAGUUGUGUAAGUGAAAGCUCGGCCCCUUCUCGUCUGAGACACAAAAGCACCUUGGUCACAGCUCCUGGAUUACGAAGGAACAAGUAUUUCCCUGGGAUCUAAGAGCUGCUGAAAGUGCACUGUUGGAAAGUUGUAAUGUUUCUGUGCACAAGUUCUGUUUCUAGUACUUAAAACUGGAGAGUUAAAAACCACUGAGGUUGGCAUUUUGCCUUGGAUAUUUAUAGGCCUGUGGCUGAUGCAUUUUUGAAGAGUGUUACGAGCCAUGUGACAUUUUCUUGCUCUCGUUCUUCAGCGGGUUUUUAACAAGUAAGCCAAGCCUCUUAAGUGUACUUACAUUCCUGAAUAAAUGAUGAAAGCUAA